UUGUUCCAGUAAAUAUAGACAACAUGCACCUGGUUGUGAGACAAAAUAGUCAAAUAGUAUUUACAGAUUUUCCUGGUACGGAAAUUGCUUCCCAUCAAUGUCGUUUUAAACUGAAGUAGAUCUAAUAUUAACAAAAAAUCUGGGACUAGCUUUGAAAUCGAAAGCUGCACGCACCAUGGCCUGCACUACCGAUGCGUCAGUGCUGUAAACAAUCAAUAUCACCAAUAAGUAGUGCAUGUUUUUGCUACGUGAAAUAUAGAUCUAGAUCUAGAGCUAUUAUGGAUCUCAUUUAAAAAGUGGGAGCCAAGCUAAAUACAAGCGUCGUUCAAGCUUUCCUCCAGGGAUUCAGUUAUUUAUUAGGAAGGCAAGGUACAGGAGGGGCAUUUUAACCUCAUCUGUUGGAUGUGAACACAAUGACGUUGUCAAUAUUUGGCACAGACUAUGAAAUUGUCUCCCAUGGCUGGGAAGCAAAACAAAACGUCAAGGGUGUUGUCUACUAUGUAAAUUCCGCCUUACAGAUUACAAGUUGGAAUCACCCAUUUCUGGACAAAGUGCUCAAAGAACUCGAUGAGUAUGGUGACGUGAAAUAUGCAGCAUACCGCACGGCCAUGAAGCUACGCAUUCUGCAAACUCAUCUUGGCUUAUCUUGGAUUACGAUAGAGGGGAUGAAACACGUGUUCCCUCUCUCAUUCGUGGAAGAAGAUGAUCUGACUAUGACUGUCAACUGUGGAGAAGCUUCUGGUCUGUUGUAUCGCCUACUGGAAUUCUCAGACAAAAGACAUCAGCAUACAGCAGACUACGAACGUGCGACUGACCUUGUUCUCAAUUUCCUUCUCAAUCUUUAUGAUACCAAUCGCAGUGGGAAACUGGUGCUGAGGUCCAUGAGGAACGCUCUCACAGCUCUGUGCCCUUCCAAGCUUUGUGACAAGUACAGAUAUUUUUUCGCAGGCCUGAGGGAUGGCAGUGGCAGAAUUUCUCGUGAAAAAUUUCUUUAUUUCAUUGAUGAUUUAAUGCAGAUAACAGAUACAAUAAAGGAAAGCACUGCCUUUGGGCGGAAUCUUACUGCUGCUGUCGACAGCUGUUUCAAAUUGGAGACCAGCUCCUCCCCCCUCACUGUGAGUGAGGACACAUUUUAUUCUUGGCUGCUGAAGGAACCGCAGACUCUGGUCUGGCUACCAACUCUUCACCGAGUCAUAGCCACAGAAUCAAUUCAACACGAAGUCAGAUGUGCCGCUUGCAGAAGUAUGCCUAUCACUGGUUUCAGGUAUCGCUGCUUACAGUGUCUCAGAUAUGACUUGUGCCAAAAGUGUUUCCUGCUAGGCCGCACCUCACUCUCUCACAAACUGAAACAUCCGAUGCAAGAGUACUGCUUUCCUACAACUGCUAAAGAAGAUGCUAAGGCUGUCUUGAAAAUUGUGCGGAAUAAACUGAGCAAGAAGCACAGAAGUCGGACCAAAGUGACCUACUUACCAGUGGAUGGCUCGGGAGACCACCAAGCCUUUGCAGUCGAUUGGCAACCAAGAGGUCUUGGGACUUACGCUGGAGCGCCUCAUACCCGCUCCACAGACUCAGGCCUGGCUGGCAGUUCGGACUACGGAGAUUCUUUGUGCGGUGAUGGACUUCGGGUCAGUCGACCUGUCGAGGUGUUGGGAGAACCGUGCCAGUCUAGCAGUCCGUUUUUCAAGUACAGAGCAACAGGAAAUGAAGAGCUUUCAAAGAGGGAUAUACAAACCCAGCAGAAACUAAUGGCCUUGACGAUUGAGCAGCUGAGACAAGAAAACUGUCUACUUCAGACAAAGCUUCGAGAUUUAGAAAGAGGCUUUUCGACUGACUCCUCAGAAGAGGAACAGGAUCUACCUACUGGUUCCCCCAUCAGCCCCAUCAACGAGACACGUAAGACUUCUGCUGCCACUUCUGGACUGAGUGUUGUCGGCAGUUCUGCUGAUGUAGCAGCCCCUGAGACAACUCUCAACAUCGUUGGGAUUUACACCCCAGUCGUUUCUUCCUUACCUCCCCCUGAUAUGGCAGAAGGAAAUAUGACAGGGGAGUCUGUUGCGGAAAAUAAGACAGGGUAUACGACAGAGACGUCGGACGACCUUGGCCUGGCCUACACGAUGAGUGACAUGACGCUCUCCUCAAAAGUCGCAGAUCCAGGAGUGACGCAGGAAUCUUUACGAAAAUCUGGAAACUCUUUGGGUGACCUCUCCAGCUCAGGUGUUGCCGAUGGAUUAGGUUACCGUUCGGGUGACAUGUCGCUGUAUAUUUCUGAACCUUGCGUUGCGUCUUUGAUGAGACCAGAGACGAAUGACCAAGGAAUGUCUAAAUCAUUUCUUCAAACUAAAAGCGAGGACAGUUUUGACUGUCCUGAGAUGCAGGGUGGCAAGUCAGAGGACAAUGAUAAAAUAAGGAAAUUCACAGAUUUGGAAAUCCUUUCUCCAGUUAAAAAAGAAGGCAACAGGAACUCGCCCAAGAGCCGGGAUACUUCGAUUAGUCUGAGCCCCUCCAGAGACUGUGACUUAAGUGACAUCGAAUCUGAUCUGGAAUCUAAUCUUGAACAAACACCAUGGACAAGUAGAACGCCUGAUAUUUUCAAUGAUUUUGAUAAGAAAAUGCAAUCUUCAGCAGCAUUCCCAAGCCAGGAUGUUACUGGGAAGGCUGACAGCCCCGCACCAGGGGUCUCAAAUCUCAAACCCGAGACUUCUGUGAGAAGUUCGAUGGCUCCCGUUCAUAUGUCCACUCCUGUCUGUGACACAGCUAAGAGAAGUGCGGCAGCCAGGGCCUCUGGCGUCAAACUCCCGAAAUCUCACAAUAGGGGAGAAGACAAAGAAAACCAGGGCACAGACGUUGGCUCGGGGACUAAAAAGAUGAGAUUGGAUGACAAGGCAGGUGUGUUGCCCACUGCUGCGACUCCUCUGUCUGCCAUUCCUGUGGGGCACAGAAGAAAAAUCCUAGCUUCCAGCCGUUUGGCUACUCCCAAUUUCAGCCAAAGCUGUCAGAAUCUGACUCAUCACAGCGCGGGUGGCUUGUCGGCCAUGUUUACCGAGGCAGAACUGAAAGCUUGUGACACCGGUGGGGACACAAUGGUGACGGUGGACAAGGAGGAGAUGGAGAAGAUGCUGAGAGAGUUCCAGAAGGAUGGGAGUCCGUGGAACGGCACCGAUGAUCCAGUGGCAAGAGAUGAUAGACAGAAUGGUGAGUCCAGUAUGCUGGAAGCUGUUCUAAACAUUGGGGAUGCAAUGGCUGACCUCGUGCAAGCUACAACGCAGCAGACGCACAUGUAGUGGUAAACCUUGGCGGUGAUGCUGUUCUCACUGGUGGGGAAGACACUGCAGACAUGGGAACUUGGAAGAAAUGGUUAUAAUAUGGACUCUUCAGGGGUAAAACCUAUGUAAAUUUGAAUGGACAAAAUAUGUGUUGAGACAUGGUGCUACGAAGCAACGUACUUAUUGGUUAUGGCUUCAGUAAAUGUCUCGUUUACAGCAACUUUAAAUGUUUUUCGUAUAAAUAUAAUUAUGUUGUACUUACUGACUUACAAGUAUUUACGCCAAAGUCACAGUUCUGCCACAUUCCCGUAAGAUAUUAAUUAUAUUGUGGCCUUCCAUAUGUCCUGUUUCCCUCUUUUGUUAAGGACUGGUAUCCAAGAUGUUUAAUAGUGAAAAGUUCAAGACUUAAGAAUUUUUUAAAAUAAUGCUUUUACAAAAGUACAAUCUUUUUUUUAAGAAACUAUUUGCUUUUGUACAAUGACUAAGCAUGAUCUGGCAAUACUUUACAUGAAUGUCAUGUCUUUGUUUACUAUGAAGUCUUGUCACCAGACGAAGGUACUUAUUGUGUCAUAGUUGUUGCUGUCAACAUUCUUGGUUAAAGGUUGUUGAGAAACUUAAUCAAAGAGACUGGUAUAUUUGUUAUGCAAUAGAGGAAUGAUAUUGUUGCUACACAGAGAUGUCGUAGUACUUAGUUCUCAUCUCUUCAGCAUCAUCUAGAGAGAUCAUGCCAAAUCUGGGACAACUGUAGUAAAAUAAGUAAGUUUAUUCAGUGUCUACGGCCACUGGCCCACAUCACGUCAUAUAAAACAAUCAUUUGAUAAAUAAAGUUUCCUUAAUGAAAGAGUACAGGUUGGGCACGUAUCUCUUAUCAUGGGUCAAACAUUGCAUAUUUCUGUCACUGGGCCGAGUCAUGCUGGGAGGAAUUAACAAUUUCCUUUGAUGGACAAUAGAAAAUAAA